AUGGCAUCGGCCCAAGAUGAUGAUAUGUAUCUCUUCCAGAAUGCCCUCGGCCAAACCCCAGCAUUUGCUGGUCAAGACUUCGACGCAUUUCUGGAAACUCCACUCCCAGACCUCGACCAGACAACCUCGCCUCCGGGCUUCCUCAACCCGAAUGACUUAACGAUAAAGCGGGAAGUGGACUCUUUCAGUCCGCUUCCUCACAAUGAUGCGUUUGCGCGCACAUCUAGAGGAUCUGCCUCAGGAUCCAGCAGCUCCUCUUCCGAAGACCCUGCGGACCGUACACGCCACAUGUCCGCGGCUUCAACAGCCUCCCCUCCAGCGCAAGAAGUGGUACAGAACAACUGGGGAAGUGGGAUAAAUGGGUUUUCAAUAUCUUCAGAUGACAAUCUAUUUGAGGACACCGCUAUGGCCGGUCUGGAUCAAGAUUUCGAGGCAAGUAACCAGCAGAUGGCUUCCGAUUUCGACUUUGAUACGGCUGCUAGCACACCUAGCGGAUUUGACCCGGCGGACAAGCGCAAUAAUAUCAAACGUACGAUAAUGAAUCAGCCCUUCAACCGACAAGUCGACUUUUCCAAGUUUGGAAAGCAGGCUUCGACCGCACAACUACCGAAUGGGCAACCUCAGUUCUUCUUUGCCGGAUCCAGGGAGGCAUCACCUUUGAAUGCAAUGCUGCCCUCUGCGCAGGGACAGUCCCCAUGGAGCAAGCACUCUCCAUCUUCUGGUUUGGAGGAAACCUUCAACCACAUCACCAUGAAUGGUGAUUCACCUGGUAACGCGACAUUCUCACCUAGUCUCCAGUUUUCGUCUACCGGAUUCAGUUUUGAUGCGGACUCAAGUACAACCCCUUCUACUUUCACCAAAGAUAUCUCUUCUCCACCAUCCACGGUCAAUUCUACCGAAGGAUCACCAACCCUGAUAGUACAUCCAACCUCGCUCAAAUCCCGUGUUGAAACUCAGAUACCGAUUAAGAUGACACUCUCGUCACUUCCACCCGGCGUCAAAAAACUAAGGCUCCCAAGACACACAGUAUCCAAGCCCAAGUUCCUCGCCAAACCAGAGGUCCCGCGGUCGCCAGAGAUUUUGGAGCUUCAUACAUCGUUGGUUUGCACAAGCGCUAUGCAAGACAGGGUGAAGUUGCAACGGGCAUUAGCACGCGCGAGGGGCGAAGACCCAGGUCCUCAUGCUCGAUCGAGUCCUGCCUCCGUCGAAUCAAGCACCUCAAAAGAUGAUGAGGACAAGCCUUUGAAUGGCGGUGAGGUUCGCAUUUGUGCGGGAUGCAUACAGCGGGAGAGGAAAAGGGCCUCGAGGAAGAAGCAGAAGAAGCCUGAGGAAGAAGAGCUGUUUCAGAGAGAUGAGGAAAGGAGAGUGGUCGUUUUUAACACCAAUGAAAUAAAAGAAUGGGCUGAAGCUCCUCGUGAGGCCAGCGGCAGCGAAGGCCAAAAUGCGUCUUCUUCAGCAGCGGUGCAAGUGGAGCUACCGAUGCGGAUUGCCUGCUAUUGUCGGCACCAAAACGAGAAAAUGGGCUUCCAAGUGAUAUUCACAAUCAAGGACUGUCGAGAUAAAGUCAUCGCUCAGGCCAUGACCAACGCUAUCAUGAUCACAGAUGACCACAAAACUCACAAUCCACCAGCGGUCAUCUCGAAUCAACAGGCACCCUUGCCAACUCCGGGACCACAAUUACCAGGAGCAGGCGUCUUCUCCAGUACUGAUCACGAGAUGCAGCCUCAGACACAGGUCAUCAAUGCGAAAAUGUCUAGGCAGGCGUAUUCCAUGACUGAUCUGCAUGCGUUACAGCAGACUUUCACCCCCAGUUUCCCCCAAGCUCCAGCGAACACCCCAUAUGCCAUUCCGGCGACUGCCUCAAACCAGGCACUGGCCAAUUUCGCACCACGAAAUCUUUCCCGACCUGCCUCCCCGAGUGGUCCGUCAGGUCCGACUUCAAAGAGAAGGAAACAAAGUGGUUCCGGAAAGUUGCCAUCUGGCUUGACAAUGACUCGCCUCGACACAUCGCAGGUACUCCCCGGGGCUUCCACCAUGCCCAAUACUGCCGCGUCGUCUCCCUACGCUCCAAAUAUGGCAUCGUACAUUGGACCGAACGAUCGCGCAUUUGCGAUGCCACCUGCUACCCGGCCUGCACCUUACGGCAAUAGUCCUCCAACACCCAAUGGAGUUGAACCUUCAUUUGCUGCCAAUAUCAACCGCUCUGUGAGUCACGAAAAUCUCCCGCGGCAAGUAAUGAUAUCAGCGCCACCCUCCCGUCAGCCAAGCAGGCCUGGUAGUCCCGGCUCAGCUAGGAACAGCUUUGGAGCUGCCGAUGCCGCCUUUGGUCAAGCGGUUAGCAAUCAAUUGAUGGCACAACCUGCUCGACGGCCACCGCCGCUGAUCCACAAAUUGGUACCCGCCGAAGGAUCUGUGACGGGAGGCACAGAAGUCACCUUGCUAGGCAAUGGCUUCUACCAAGGCCUCGAGGUCAUGUUCGGUGAUACUGAGGCCACGACCACGACAUUUUGGGGAGAGAAAUGUCUGAACUGCAUUGCACCUCCAGCUCUUCAGCCAGGCGUUGUCCCCGUCGUAUUUAAGCACGAUCACCCACAAUACUCACCAGUGCCACAACAAUCCCAGACCAGGCCCUCCCUCUUUACUUAUGUGGAUGAUAGGGAAUUGGAGAUGUUCCGCCUAGCACUGCGUACCCUUGGUAAGCAGCUACAACAUCCAACGGAUGAUCCAUACUCGGCCGCCCAGCAGCUUCUGCAAGGACAGCCUCAUUCUAUGUGGCUCGCACACGGGAGCUAUGGACUAGGUGGAGGACAUCAGCGCAUGCACGGGCACAUGACUGGAGCUCCGAUGGAUACGCUCGAGUUAGAAGCUAUGAUGUUACAGGUACUGGAGCAAAUGGACUCCCAAAGGCUAUUUAGAGCCCCCAAGUUUGAUUUGUGUCGUCCAUCUGGUCUCACCUUGCUGCAUUUGGCAGCUUCGUUGGGCCUUACGCGAUUCGUUGCGGGACUGCUCUCGAGGGGAGCAGAUCCCAACAUGGUCGACAAUAACGGCCACACACCGAUGCAUCAUGCUGCCAUGAACGGCCAUACGCAUGUGAUACAUCGACUGCGCUUGACGGGGGCUAACCACAAAGCCCGCAGUAUCCGCCAUUUUACGCCUGCUGACCUGGCGACAUCAUUGCUUGCAUACCAGGCCACAAUAUCGCCCAUGGAACACUAUCGGUCACGGAGUGCUGGAGGGACACCGAUGCGACUGCAUAGUCGUAGCUCCUCCUCUCUUCGCUCAUUCUGGGAGAAUGCCUCGAACCAUUAUGCCACCUCUGAUACGGAUGGCUCAGACGUUUCGGACGAUUUUGACGACGAGACGCCGACCAGAGUCACUUCCGAGGAACCGGAUCUUUCGCAGGUGCUCGGGCAGAGAAAUCGCAUGCAAGCCGUUAGUGUGCCUCCAUCCCGAAGAGGUAGCAUGCCACCGACGACGUCUCAAGCAUCAAGUUUCCCCCCGGAGAAUGUCCCGAAUGCAACACCGGCAAUGGCUCCAUCAGCGUUCAUGCUAGCGUGGCGAGAUCAUCUGGUAGCUCAACUACAACAAUUCAAUGAGAACGCCCAAUCAGUUAUGCCUAGUCUCGCCAACCUCAAUGGCCCUCUCGCAGCUAUCCAGGAGUAUCAGGCAUAUCCUAUGAUGCGCCGUGUAAGCGCUCUUUUCCCUCAACGUUCAGGUUCUAGACAGCUACAACCGGGCCAGCGUGAGGGCUGGUGGGAGACUUUGACGGGCAGAUCAUCCCCUCCUGCUCCAUCUUCGCCUCCGGCCUAUAGCGAUCUAUAUCCAGAAGAAAAAGAAGGGACGGACCAGGACUGGAGUAUUAAAAAGGCUUCCACUCUGCAAGCCGUAACCGAUGCUGCAGCAGACCUCCAGUUUGAGCAGCAAACCGCCAGUGAGAACGCCGAAGGGAGUACCACUGGGAAUGCUACUGGCUUGAUAAGGAAGCCGAUCGAAAAAGUCGAGCUGAGCCGCGAUCGGAAAUUGUUCUUCUUCUGGAUCCCAUUACUUGCAAUCGUUCUAGCAUUGAUGAUUCGCAACUCUGGCAUUACCGAUAUUUUUGCCUUUUCCAGUAGCCGGACACAGCCUCUUGCCAAUCAAGAGGCGGUUGGUGUUUUCUAA